UCUAGCUCUGCACAAAAUGCACAGCUGCAUUAAAACACAGCCUUCAAAUUGCUUAUUUACCUAAAAAUAGGAAUUUUUCUGUUCCUUCAUGCUAAAUGCAAGCAGCACCAUGCAUUAUUAAAUACCCUGCGCUCACGUACAAAACACCAGCUCGAAUACCCAGCAGGGGGUGCUGUGGGUGUCGGUGCUGUCAUAAACAGCUUCUGUGUGCAAGAAAGCAUGUUAAUGCAUUUCUGUACUCUUAUUGCAUCCUAAUGGCUUCAAAACACACACAAGGCAACUCUCGGGCAAACGCAUAGCAGUUUAAAUAGCUUUCAGCCAGUCGCUCAGCAUAGGGGCAAACUUUGAAAAUGUUGUAACAACUAGUUGUUUGCCAUUGCUGGAUGUUGCCUCUACAAGCACCCUUUGUUUCUAAGCAGCUGCCUCGUGCAGUGUAACAUGUUCUAACCCUAAGCAAAGGGCUAAGCUAUUGCUUUAAUUGUUGUUGUUAGUAUUUAUUUUUAAGAAGCACAGGAUAAUCACACACUACUGAGUGGCAUAUUUAAUGUAUUUGUAUAUUAUAAAAAUUAUAUAUAUAUGAGGUAUAACUGUUAAUGCUUUCAGUGUAGUGCUGCAAUGUCUGCUUUUGAACAGAAAAGCAAAGGGUCUGCUCAGUGUCUCCCCCUUGUGGACGCUCUGUACAUGACACUGCUUUCCAUUCUGUGCUGAGCAGUGUAGCAGGUGUAUUCUAGACAUGAGGUUUAAAAGCAGGAAGGGGUGCAUCAGAAAAGCAGUGGUAGCAGUCAUGUUUGGGAGCCUCUUCAAGUCUGUCUCAAAGCAGUGCUGUGCCUCAGCCAGCGGUAGUGUGCAGCUUGUCCUCCUCUUCCUAUCUGUACUGAAAGUGUUUUGAAAUAGUGAAAGUGAGAUCACAUGUGGGAAUAAAAAGUUCUAUUCUGUGAUCCUGUCCGUUUGUCUGUCUGUCUCUGUAAUUCCGCUGCGCUAGAAUUCUUUUAGUUUUUACCUUGGUACGUUUCCCAGCGAUUUCUAGAGCAGCUCAGUUAAAAGGUUUUCUGGAGUGAGGCGCUCAGACUCAGUGUCUGCAGGCAGAUUCCACAGCGUUACUGAGUUUAACUGAAAACCAAACUACUGGAGUAACAGAAACCAGAACCACUCAGAAUUAUCAUAAAAGAAAUUAAAAAAUAUAUAAAAACAGGAUUUUAAGCAAGCUACACUUUUAAGUUCCGGCACACAAAGAGAACAUUUUAGAUGACGAAGCUAAAUUAUUAAAAAUGGUGUUUGGAGUCAAUAAAAGAAAACAGCAGCGCUGAUUAAAAUGAUAUACUUUGCAACUUGAACGAAUACCCCAUCGUGAUCUUAAAUAUAGUUUUAUUUUGCGGGCUGUAGUCUGCAGGUUUUAAUGCAGGUUUUAAUAUCAGUGUGGGUCACUGGUUUAGAAUGUAUUGAAAAGCUUAGCUUAGCAAAGCAUGUUAAAAGCAAUGGGGAGAUUGGAAAGCAUAGGGGAGCAACUCAGAGCUAAAACUUUUUCAAAACUUUUUAAGUGUGUCAAAUUAAUGCUAACCACAGAAAACCCAGGCACAGUUUCUGAAUAAGUAAGUAAUAAGUAAAGUUUUUAAAAAAAUGCAAGCCAGGUGUCCCAGUGGUUCUGUCAGAAGUCCAGACAAUUGAAUAGUCAAGCUGUGAUCAAAUGAAAAUAACAGCCUACCCACUCACACCCGAAUCCCUCUCAGCUUCUCUUUGGAAACGAUUUGUCCAAAACAAAUGAGAGAAAGACCAAUGGCAAGCUAGGGGGGAUUGGCCAGGACAGCAUACUUUAGAUGCUCUAGUCCUGAGCCUGGGUUCAGUGGAAACAGACACACUUGUCAGCCCAGCACAAGACAGAACAGCUGGGACCACAGCAGGCUCUGGGGGACACACUCGAGAGGCACAGACUGCAGAACAAGCAUGCGGCAGUGUGAGAAAGUGAUGCUCCUUUUACCCACCUUAUUGGCUAUUGCUGGGGCACAAGGGGUGACGGAGUGGACGUCCUGGUUCAACAUCGACCACCCGGGAGGCAGCGGGGACUACGAGAGUCUGGAAGCCAUCCGCUUCUACUACCGCGAGAGGGUGUGCGUGCGGCCCCAGGCCAUCGAGGCGCGGACCACGGACUGGGUGUCAGCGGGGGACACCGGCGAGGUGGUGCACUCCAGCACGGACAAAGGGUUCUGGUGCAUCAACAAGGAGCAGUCGAGGGGCAAGCUCUGCUCCAACUAUCAUGUGCGCUUUCAGUGCCCUCUAGCAGUGCAGUCGUACUGGAACCCGUGGACGACGUGGAGCGGGUGCUCAGCUAAAGCAUGCGGUGGCGUCGGGAUCCAAGCCCGGGAGAGGAGCUGUCUCAGCACCAAGCCCCUGGGUCCACUGCGCUUCCCUGUGUGCGAGGGCAAGCCCGUGGAGAGGAGGAAGUGCGCCACGCCACCGUGCCAAGAGGCAACGUGGGGUUCCUGGGGCUCCUGGUCGGCCUGUGCUGUGACCUGCGGAGGGGGACACAGGGCCAGGCGCAGGACCUGCGGGACGCCCUCUGAUCGGAAGAGGUGUUUCGGGCGGCGGGUCGAGGUUCGGAAGUGUGGGAAGUCUCCCUGCCCAGCGUGCCGCCUUGUGUGCCAGGACGGAAGCGUGAAUGACGACUGCAGCAGCUGUGUGUGUGACGGCCACGCCCUGGUCGGGGAGGUCCGCAGCCAGCAGGGGGCGCCACUCCCAGGAGCUGUGGUGUCUCUGGGGGAGCGUCCCAGGCUGACACUGGCUGAGACGGACGAGAGGGGGGUCUUCCGAAUCCAGGGGGUCUGCUCCAGUUCUGCCGAUCGGACCCUCUUCACCAUCCAGAAGGAGAAAUACGCCACCCUUUCCCUGUCUGCCUUCAGCAACAGCACUGGGAUGUCCUGGAUACACGCCGUGCUGCAGAGAGCCGAGAAGCCGUAUAUUGUGAAGCACCCAGAGACUAAAGUGCGCUACGAAGGCCAGCGAGUGACCUUCUGUUGCAUGGCCACAGGGAUCCCCAUGCCAGAGAAAUACUACUGGUACCACAACGGGACCCUGCUGGACAGACAGGUGUACAAGUACGACGACAAUCUGCUCUUGAGGGAUCUCAAGCCCCUGCAGGCAGGAGAGUACCAUUGCAAAGCCAGCAAUGAAAUGGGAGGGAUCAAGUCUUCCCCAGCCAUGCUCACCAUCAUAGGCAAAGACCAGCCAUCUUGUGAACCCAAACCUGAAGACUACCUGAUCAAGCUGCCAAUGGACUGUUUCCAACCCGGGACUGAUUCCCAGUACUACAACGCUGGGCACUGCCCCCACACCAAGUGCGCAGGGUCACUGAACUUCGACCUGCGCUGCAAGGACGGGGAGGACUACUGCUGCGGGGCGAAGAGCAUAGAGACGCGGGAGAUCGACUGCGGCCGGUACAUGCUGCCCGUCCGAGCCGUGACCGAGUGCGGUUGCCAGAAAUGCGUCCAGCCCAAAGUUCUGGUCCGGGGGCGCGUGGUGGCAGCAGACACAGACGAGCCUCUCCGGUUUGGGCACAUCUAUAUUGGCAAGGAGCGAGUGGGCAUCACAGGCUACAAAGGCACCUUCACCAUCCAGGUGCCACCAGACACCAAGAGACUAGUGGUCAAAUUCGUGGACAGGCUGCAGAAGUUUGUGGACACGGUCAAGGUGUUCCCGUUCGAUAAGAAGGGAGGGGCCAUUUACCAUGAUGUCAAAGUGCUGCGGAAACAGGAACCGGUAGAUAUUGACUCUGCUAAAGCCACCACUUUAUACCUAGGAGAGAUCAAAGGGGAGGGCCCCAUUGGUCAGAUUGUUAUACCGCCCAACUCUUUCCACAAGGCCAAUGGUGAGGUCUAUCAAGGCACUGUCAAGGGCAGUGUGACUUUCCUGGACCCCCGAAACAUCACGACUGCCCCGGCCGCUCCCGGAGACCUCAACUUUGUCAACGAGGAAGGGGACAUGUUCCCUCUCCGGACCUACGGCAUGUUCUCCGUGGAGUUCCGAGACGAGACCAAUAAGGAAGUCCUGGAAACCGGCAGGGUGCAGGUGUUCCUGGACACGGAGCAUGUCAAGAUGCCCGAGCACAUCCCCAAGAUGAAGCUGUGGUCCCUCAACCCGGAGACAGGGAUCUGGGAGGAGGAAAGCGACUUCCAUUUUGCUAGGAGCCCCGCCGGCAGGAGCAAGCGUGAGGAAAGGACCUUCUUGAUCGGGAACAUGGAGGUCCGGGAGAGACGUCUGUUCAACCUGGACGUGCCCGAGAGCAGGCGCUGUUAUGUCAAGGUGCGGGCCUACAUAAAUGACAAGUUCCUGCCCAAUGAGCAGCUGGAAGGGGUGGUGGUCAACCUAAUCAAUCUGGAACCCAGGGCUGGCUACUCCUCCAACCCCCAAGCCUGGGGCCGAUUCGACAGUGUGAUCACUGCCUCCAACGGCGCCUGCCUGCCAGCUUUCUGCGACGGAGAGCGGCCGGACGCUUACACUGCCUACGUCACGGCCACCAUGGGAGGAGAGGAGCUGGAAGCAGCCUCCUCAAGCCCCAAAAUGAACCCCAACGUCAUUGGGGUGUCCCAGCCCUACCUGGACAAACUGGGGUACCAGAGAACAGACCACGAAGAUCCUGCGCUCAAGAAGAUGGCUUUCAAGAUCAACCUGGCCAAGCCCAACCCCAACAACACUGACGAGACAAACGGGCCGGUGUAUGCCUAUCAGAACGGCAUCGACUGCGAGAAUGCCCCAGUCACAGCCAACCACUUCCGAUUCUAUCGCGUGGAAGGGGACAAGUAUGAGUACAAUGUGGUGCCUUUUCAGGAAGGGGACCUGACCUCCUGGUCUGGGGACUACCUCUCCUGGUGGCCUAACCCCCAGGAGUUCCGGGCGUGCUACAUCAAGGUUAAGAUCAACGGGCCCUCGGAGGUCAUGGUGAGGUCGCGGAACAAGGGCGGCACGCACCCCCAGACCAAGGGGAAGCUGUACGGCAUCAGAGACAUGCGCAGCACCCGCGACCUGAGGCUGCCCAACUCCUCGGCCGCCUGCCUGGAGUUCAAGUGCAGCGGGAUGCUGUUCGACCAAAGUCUGGUGGACCGCAGCCUCAUAGCUGUCAUCCCCCAGGGCGACUGCAGACGGGUGGGCGUCAACAGCCUGCUGCAGGAAUACCUGGUCAAGCACCCUCCACAAUUCCAGAACAAUGAGUCCCACGCCUUCAACAUGCUGGCGCCUGUCGACCCACUGGGACACAACUACGGGAUUUACACAGUCACUGACCAGAACCCCAGGCUGGCAAAGGAGAUCGCCAUCGGCCGAUGCUUCGACGGGACCUCGGAUGGGUUCUCCAGGGAGAUGAAGUCCAACUCGGGGGUCGCCCUUACCUUCAGCUGCCCGGAGAGGGCUGUGACCAGGGAGAGUCUCUUCCAACGCCUGCAGAACUCCCCGGCCCAAGCGCUGGCCCAGAUCGGACGAGACAUGAGGGAAAGAGGCCAGGCCAGGCCAAGUCCUUCCCAGGUGGUGGCUUACCCUUCGGGCCAACGGAGCAGGAACAUGCCAGCUCAGAGCCGCAGAACCCUGGGGACCGCUGGUCAGAGGAGGGGCCAAGCAAGAGCACAGUCCAGGCAGUAAUCCCGUCUGUGACAUGGUUCCCUGAUUUGGCCGCUCCUCUCUACAUAAGGUGUUGAUAGCAGCCUCUGAAUCCAUGGACUUUUAUUUAAAAUAACUGGACCUCUCUUUACUGUUUGGAAUCACCUAGGGGCAAACAAUUAAAGGCUGAUGAUGCCCCUUGAUCAAUGUUAGGGUGCUCUGGCAUUACAUCACAACUCACUUUGAGUGAAUGAUUUGCUCUUUACAUUAAAUAGGGUGGAAAAGGUACAGUAAAAAAUAUUUCUACAUCUGUUGCCAAGGAAUUGGGUGGAGUGAAUUCAUUGCCUUGCAUGCACAUGAGCACUAGUGAAGAUGCCACUUAAAGGCACAAUCCAGUAUGGAUAUUGUGCAAACAAUGACAUCACGAUAGGGAUUCUCUGGGGUGGAAGGGGUAUGAUAUAUAUCAAUAUGGUGCAGCAGCUAGAUUAUUUAGAGUGCUUGUUUGAUGCUUAUCUGUUUUGUUUUGUUUCUGUUUACUAACGUGCAAGACCGAUCAGCGAUGGUCUGGAGCACACCUUGAGGACAGGUGUGUCCAGGUGAACAUCCUUCGAAUCCACUGGACAGGACUGUCGAUGGCCAGGGUGCGGUCCCCUGUAGUAGAGGAAAGCCAUUCGCUACUGAUAUGCACAGCCUUACUUAUAGGAUCCUAUAUACACUGGCAUAGUUGCAAGGUGGUGUGUGGGAUUCAGCAUUGAACAGUGAGAUGGUCCAGCAGGUAGGAGAUUUGGGUUUUAAACAUGAUUCUUAAUUUUCAUGUAGCUAUUUCCAAUAACAUACUCCAUACAGUACUCAAACUAUGGGGGUACCGUAUGCAGCACGACUUUAUAGAUUUGUUAAAAUGAUUAUUUAAAAACAAAGCACUUUUUUGCACGACAGUGUGCUAAAAGGAUCCAGCCAGCGUCACCAGUAUUAGGCACUCGAGAUACCAGCCCCUUCAUUUUAUGCCAUUCCAGCUUUUCUUGUGUGUUGACAGCCAUUAGAAAUUCUUUACAGACUCCUUCACUUGAAUACGAUGUAUCAGAGUGCAAUGGCAGACACAGAUCUGAGCUGUUGAUUUAUACGAAUGAAUAGAUGAAUCAACAGUUUGGAGUAAGAAAUGCACACGUGUGCUGUGCUGGUCAUGUAACUAGUCCCAGAGGUGGUGUAAGCAGUCUGGCGAAUUGAUUAUCUGACGGGUAACAGAAAGGUAGCACUUAUUGUUCAUCAAGAGCCAAAAAAACACUUCACCGUUAUGGCAUGAAAAAGAAAAGCAAUUCAAACCCAACAGACCUCUAAGUGCCAGCCCUUACGAGCUGGGCUAAUCAGGGGCUAAUCAACUCUAAUGAUGUUGUUUGAGAAGGUCAAUGGCAUGAAGGCGGAGGGAGAAACUCUUUUGUUCAAAAGGCAGUUAUGAAAAGCAGCAUCCCAUCGACGGGUUUAUAGUCGAUAAUUGAUAUAUACAGUAGGGCUCAAAAGUUUGGAAACAACAAAUGAUUUAUUGUAAGGCUUGGGCUGGGGAUUGCCCAUUUACUUAUUAAAUACCCUGAGAUCUCUUAAUAGAUAACUGUGUCCUCUUUUGCUAAGGAUUUUAAUGAGCAAUAGAUUCACUGGUAUCCUAAAUAUGAUUAAUUUGCUAACAAUGCAGAAUGGAGCAUUUGUCCUCUCGUUUACCCUAACAUUUUCCUGAGUGCUGAGUGCCAAAACUGGUACAAUAUUCUUGCAGUGUUGUCCUCGGCAGUUAAACUGUUUUUGACGGUAAAAGGAAAGUCCUAAAACCUACUGCACUCAGCGGCCCACAUGGGAAAGUAUUGAAACUGUAUAAUGGACGUUGCACUUUGAGGAUGUACCUGUACUUCAUGACUUUCUUUCUUUCACCUAAAUUUAUUGACUUGCUUUAUUUCCAUGUGUUCAAUAUGUACAUUAUUUUAUGUAUGA